AUGGAUACUUUUCAAGACGAUUUUGACUGGUCUUUCAAGGCCAAACACCCCUUCAAGGUGAUCGUUGUUGGAGCUGGCAUUGCUGGACUAGCCGUCGCCCUUGGGCUGAAGAAGGCUGGACACGAAGUCGUUAUCCUGGAACGAGUGCACCAGAUUGCAGAAGUCGGUGCUGGAAUCCAAGUGGCGCCAAAUGCCGCGCGGAUCCUAGGGCGCCUUGGCCUCCUGAGCGAAGUUAUGGAGAAGGCGAAUGUACUAGACAAAAACUCCCUGCGCCGGUAUGCAAACAACGAGGAACUUGGAACAGCCCCUUUGAUGCCCCAGCUCACGGGCACCAGCUCACGGGUAGUCCGAGCGGUAGAUGACUUUGAAGCCAAAGUCCAGCUCGAAUCAGGAGAGUGGGUUUCGGGAGAUGUGGUGAUUGCCGCAGAUGGUAUCAAAUCCGAUCUUCGCCAUCAGGUCGCAUCCCACCACGGAGUGACUGAUACCUGCCAGCCCACCGGCGAUGCAGCAUAUCGCAUAAUGAUUUCAAAGGACCAAAUGAAAGGUGAUCAACGCGCUUUGGAUCUUCUAAACCACAAUGUCGGUAUGCGCUGGAUGGGGCCUGGAGGGCACAUCAUGGGAUACCCUAUCAAGAACAACACCGUCUACAAUAUGGUACUGCUGCACCCUCAGAAGCCAGGGGAUCCGAAUGAAGAAAGUUGGACGAAUAAAGGAGAUAAAAAAGAGAUGCUUUCCUUUUACCGCAACUGGGAUGACUUGGUGCGAAGUCUUUUGAGUUAUGUGAAGGACGAUGAUGUCAUGGAAUGGACUUUGAACUCACACUUCCCUCUACCCUCAUGGGUUGAAAACAAGUGCGUCUUGAUGGGCGAUGCUUGCCAUCCAAUGCUACCAUAUGUGGCUCAGGGAGCUGCGCAGGCAAUUGAGGAUGCCGGUGUGCUUACUUGCGCGCUCUCUCUAACCAAUUCAGUUCCUAAGGCAUUGGCAGUCUACGAGUCGGUACGAAAAGAACGUGCAGAGCGUAUCCAGAACAGUGCUACGGUGACAAGGAAAGCGCUGCAUUUGCCCGAUGGCGAAGAGCAGCGAAAACGAGAUGAAGCCAUCAGAGGAUCGACCCAAGGAUCGGGCAAGAACCCCGACCUUUGGGCUGAUUCCAGCUGGCAAGAUUUCAAGUGGGGGACGGAUGUUAUGAAGGAUACGGUCGACAAUUGGGACAAUCUGGUCGCACGCAGCCAUGGAUAUCAUGUACAUGCGGUGCAGGCAAUCGGGUACUAA